UUUCACUUCUCACGGAACUAACGCCUUCACUAUGUCUGAUGAUGAAAUGUACUACGAUUCCGCCUCUGAAGGUUCGUUCCGUUCCGACGAUGAAGAUAUGAUCGACGGGACUCAGGAUGACAACUCUGCUCAGCGCCUUAAGGGGAAGGGGAAAGCGCGACCUUUUCAUGAAGUCGAGUCACAGAGUCUUUCGGUCCAAAACCUCGAAUCGGACAUGAAGAAGGAUGCUGAGCACGUUGCUGGAAUAUUCGGCGUCUCUUUGAGCGCGGCAUACAUUCUUCUGAAGCAUAUGCAAUGGAACAAGGAGAGACUGAUAGAGAAGUACAUGGAUGAUCCUGUCAGAGUUCUGUCGGAUGCUGGCGUUCCUGAUCCGGGCGUUGGUUCCAUGUCUCGAUCCGGAUCACUGCCUCUCUCUCCAAGGGUACCCAGCAAACGUGGGACUUCUCCUGAUUAUACAAGACGGGUGACUCGGCGAUCUGGAAAACAACAAGCUCCAGUCAUCGAGGUCUUUGUGUGUCCGAUUUGCUGCGACGAGAACCCGGAGAAGACCUUGGCGCUCAGCUGUGGUCACACAUAUUGUUCCUCCUGCUGGGAGACCUACAUCCACACAAAAAUCCGCUCUGAAGGAGAAUGCGCUAUUCAAUGCAUGAACGACGAUUGCCAUAUUCAGAUUGACGACAAUUUCCUUCGCAAGGUAGCGGCCCCCAGGACUGUGCUAGAUAUAUGGAGUUGCUCUUGCGUUUACGCAGUUUCUUGCCCAACGGCGAGUACGAAGGGUGCUUUGGAGACGAUCGUUCCUACAGUGCAAUGCGCAGACAAUCAUAAAUUUUGCUUUGGAUGCCAACAAGCAGAAGGGCAUGCGCCUUGCAUGUGUGCCAUUGCUAAGAUGUGGCUGAAGAAAUGUGCGGAUGACAGCGAGACGGCUAAUUGGAUCAAGAGCAAUACUAAAGAAUGCACAAAGUGCCAGAGUACCAUUGAGAAGAACGGUGGAUGCAACCAUAUGACCUGCAAGAAGUGCAAGAAUGAGUUUUGCUGGGUUUGUAUGGGAUCUUGGGCAGAACACGGAAAUUCUUGGUAUUCAUGUAACCGCUACGACGAGAAAGAGAGCCAAGAUGCUCGUGAUGCCCAAUCUCGUUCACGGGCAUCCCUCGAGCGAUACCUGCAUUAUUAUAAUCGCUGGGCUAAUCACGAACAAUCGUCCCGUCUUACCCUUGACCUUUACGCAAAAACCGAGAAGAAGAUGGAGGAGAUGCAGAUCACUUCGAAUCUCACCUGGAUUGAAGUACAGUUUGCCAAGAAAGCUGUGGACGAAGUUACAAAGUGCCGAACGACACUCAAGUGGACAUACGCUAUGGCGUAUUACCUGGAAUCAGGCAAUGCCAAGCAGCUGUUUGAGGAUAACCAAGCUGAUUUGGAGAAAGCUGUCGAGGACUUGUCUGAGCUCCUGGAGAGCCAGAUCGAGCCGGAAACCAUUCCAGUGCUGCGCCAGAAGAUGACCGAUAAGACUGUAUAUGUCGCCAAGCGUAAUGACAUAGUCUUGGAAGACACCGCGAAAGGCUUCGCUGAAGGUCGUUGGUCGUGGAACUCUACCGUCGGGUCCUGAAGACGGUGAUCGCCCCCCCUUUUGCAUAUUACGUAUUCUUCAUCAGGGGAUGAAGAUACUCAUCGCCAUAAUACAUAUCCAUAGGUUUUGUAGUCGUGUACCUUACAUAGCUUGCAUUGUCAAUUGACACUCGGCCUUGGUAAUUUUCAGAUGGCUUGGUGCGUCGCCGCUGUUGAUGAUGAGGUAACACGUAUCUUGAGCUUGCCCGGACGCUACAAAACUCGAGGACUACAUACACGAACCCGACAGCAACCUCCCUUCAUAUAGAGAGAAUCCCCUCAUGUACAUUUCGGUGUAUGGACGGACAGCCGCACUGCCACGUCCACCAUGAGGGUAAAUUCAUCAUCAUUUCUUUGGUUGUGUAUUUUUUGUCAACG